AUGGUAACUGUGAAAAUAGUCUGGAUUGUAACUGUAAAAAAAAGUCUGGAUUGUAACUGUGAAAAUAGUCUGGAUGGUAACUGUGAAAAUAGGCUGGAAUGUAACUGUGAAAAUAGUCUGGAUGGUAACUGUGAAAAUAGUAUGGAAUGUAACUGUGAAAAUAGUCUGGAUUGUAACUGUGAAAAUAGUCUGGAUUGUAACUGUGAAAAUAGUCUGGAUUGUAACUGUGAAAAUAGUCUAGAAUGUAACUGUGAAAAUUGUCUGGAAUGUAACUGUGAAAAUAGUCUGGAUUGUAACUGUGAAAAUAGUCUGGAUUGUAACUUUGAAAAUAGUCUGGAAUGUAACUGUGAAAAUAGUCUGGAUUGUAACUGUGAAAAUAGUCUAGAAUGUAACUGUGAAAAUAGUCUGGAAUGUAACUGUGAAAAUAGUCUAGAUUGUAAUUGUGAAAAUAGUUUGGAUUGUAACUGUGAAAAUAGUCUGGAUUGUAACUGUGAAAAUAGUAUGGAAUGUAACUGUGAAAAUAGUCUGGAAUGUAACUGUGAAAAUAGUCUGGAUUGUAACUGUGAAAAUAGGCUGGACUGUAACGGUCACUGGCGUGGUGCAGACCACAAAAAUCGUUAA